GUCUUUACCAGCCUGAUAUCUGUCUUCUGCUCACUGACAACAGAGGAGAGGCAUCUUUAAAGACGACGUCCGUCUUCACUAGAGAUGAGAGGAGCAGCUAUGAGUUUAACUGCAGCAGUGAGGGGAUUUGUUGUCUUCCUUCUCUCUGUGUCAGUGAUGCAGGGCCAGAGUGACUGGGGAGUGACUUACCCUUCCACUCCGAUCUGUGCCUUAGAGAGAUCAACCGUGGACAUAACAUGCACCUACAGAUACCCAUCCACAGCAAGUCAUCAAACUAUAGAAGUUCAAGAACGAUUAUGGUUUACUAAAGGGAGUAAUAGGGAACCUGUGGAUCUGAAAAAGGACUCAGACUACACAAAUCGGGUGGAGUAUCACUGUGAUGAGAAGAGCUGCACUCUGAGAAUCACAGACCUGAGAGAGAGAGACUCGGCUGAGUACAAGUUCAGGUUCAUAACAAACCAUACACUUGGAGGUUUUACUGGUUCACCUGGAGUCACUUUGUCUGUUACUGUUCCAGACCUCCAGGUGCAGGUGACAAGAUCAUGGACCCAGGGAGAGCUGAGGUGUCACAGCAGCUGUAAUGUACCUGAUAAUCCUUCAUAUGUCUGGUACAAUAAUGGACAGAAAAUGGAUGGAGAAACAUCUUCUUCUCUCAGCGUCUCUGUUGAAGAUAAUGGCAGCUAUUCCUGUGCUGUUACAGGAUAUGAAGCUUACCGCUCUCCUCCAGUGUAUGCUCCAAAGGUUGGUCCCCUGUCUCUGACUCCCACUGGGGAAAUCAGAGAGAACAGUAGAGUGAAUCUGACCUGCAGCAGUGAUGCUAACCCAGCAGCUAACUACACCUGGUACAAGAAUGGUAAACCUCUAAAUGGAAAGGCACAGCUCGUCUUCAGCUCCAUCCAGUCCUCUGACUCUGGACAGUAUUACUGUACAGCUGAGAACCAGCUGGGGAAAAGGACAUCUGAAUCCGUCUUUAUUGAUGUGGAAUAUGCUCCGAGGUUUCCCUCUGUGUAUGCUGAGAUAGUGGAGGGCAGUUCAGUGACUCUGACCUGUAGCAGUGAUGCUAACCCAGCAGCUAACUACACCUGGUACAAGGAAAAUGAAGACUCACCGAAAGCAUCAGGGCAGAUCUUCAACAUCACUGAUGUCAGACCUGAACACAGUGGGAAUUAUUACUGUGAAGCCCAGAACAGCAGAGGACGUCAGAACUCCACCUUAAAUCUGAUUGUUGUAGCAGGGAAUUCAACAACAAUAAUGCAUAUCAUCUGGCCGACUGUGGUGGUCCUGAUGCUGAUUCCUCUGCUGCUCCUGAGUCUGUGGGCGAGUUGGACUCAAUUCAGGAAGAAGAAAACUCUGAGCUCCACCACUAAACCACAUGAGCCUGUAGAGCUAGAGUUAGACUCUUGUCCUGAUUAUGAGAACAUCUCAGACACUGCAGCAAAGACAGAAUACCCAGAUGAGCAGGAAGACCUGUCAGACUCUUGUCCUGUGUAUGGGAACAUCUGAGAAGAUGAGAUAUGAGAAAUAUCCCUGUGGAGAGCGAGGCUGUGGAGAUUUUAUUGUCAAUUUUCAGUAGCAGCAGCAGGUAGGAGUCAGCCGCAGCAUGUACCAGAAUGUUUAGAAGAAUGUGGUGUUGGCAGCUUGAUCUGAAUCAUGU